UUUGCUUCAAGUUUUCCGGAGUCUGUCAGUCACCUUUUCCUGCUGGAUUCAUAUGGAUUCUUUCCAAUACACCCGGUAAGGCCUCUCUUUAAAAUUAGAAUCCCAAUUUCAGUGGCCUGUCCCUCCCAUAUCUAGUGACAUCAGGGAACUAUUCUCAGACGGCACAGCAUGUCAUUAGACUCUCAAACUGUGAAAUGGGCCCUCUCUGCAAAGUCCUUUUGGGUUGGGGGUCAGUCAGUCAAAGCCCAUUCAGUGGAUGGACCUGCCCUUUUUCAGGGCAAGCCCACCCAUUGUGGUUCUUGACAGACAAGCUAUUUGCGUUACUGACUGUGCUCCGCACAGCCCUGUAAACAUACCGAUCUCAUAGCACCAAUGUUGGGAGUUAUGUCAUAGGGCCAGAAGGAACACUCCUCUGCGCAGGAGUCCUGCCCGAAUUCCUUUUUUUUUUUUUUUACCCACGAAAAACUCUUCAGCUAGUAAAUGUAUGGUGCUAUUUCUGUGGUUUCCUAUAGAUUGGCUUUGCUCUUGUUAGGAACCUUUAUUUCUGCCGACACAGCUCAGAUACUCCAGUCUGUAAAUGUAAGUUAGACAAACUUUGCAGCAAUAAUCUCUAGUAAAGUGUCCCUAAUAAGUGGAGAAAAAGUAAUUAAUUAUGGCCAUCUACAUUCCAAAUUAUAAGCUUUUUGGUUGUGUGUUUUUUUUUUUGUGUGUGUGUUUACGUUGUUCGACGAUACCCGUCUUGGAGAGAAUAUAAUGUACACGUUUCAUGGAAAAGAAGGAGGUCCUUGACUAUAAAGUAAUAAUAAUAAUUCCAAUAAUAUUCAAAAUCUAUUGAAAAUGUUCAUGGUUCCCAGGGAGGGGAAAAAAUAAUUUAGCAAACAUCAUCAAGAGGCGGUUUAGUAUUAUCUACUAAAAGCUUAUGUUAGCAGAAGAUUAGAUAGGGUUGACUUAGCCUUGUGGAUUCUCUAACACAUAGAGACAAUUAAUGUGAAUUAACCAAAAACAGGCUGGAAAGCACUGUUUAAAGCAGAUCUUGUUUUCAUUGAGAACUUCGCAAAAUGGCAUUGACUAAAUGCAUGUUGAUAUUACCAGAUUUGAUUGAUCCUGAAAGAUCAACAUGUUUUUUGUGUUAGUAUGUAAAUGUACCUCAUUUUCUGUGAGAGAUGAGUUUUUUUAUCUUUAAAGUUCAAUAGUUGGAGGAUUACAGGUCAAAGAUGAGCGUGGGUGAAGAGAAGGCACCAGACACCUUUAUUUAUUGUACCUGUCAUGUGUUCGAAUGCCACCUGCAAUCUGCUGUUAAUGGUAUUGGUAAUGGUAUUAGAAGCAGUCUAUAGUCUGUACUUCCAUUACCUGUCUCUACUCGUGCUUUUGUAUGGUAUUAGCCAUUUGAUCGGGGUUCUUCUCUCUAGCCAGGCUUAGCUCAGACAUAGCACUACUGGCUCUCUGACUAAUGUAGUGGAGAUGGGCUUUCCUGGCACCAUUAACACUAAAGUGUGCUGUGGUGGUUGUGGUGCUCAGAUUGUUGUUUUGAAAGGUAAGAAGGUGCUGGUAGCAGAUCAAAGAGGUAAUCACUUACAUGCAUUCAUUACAAAAUAAUAAACAAUAGGGUUUUAUUACAUGAGAUCUUUAAUUUACUUUUAAUCUCAGUAGUCCGUUUGCAAGUUACAUUUUCUAGUGCAAUUUCUAUUACAAAUUCCUUCUAAAAUUUAUGUAAUAACUUUCUAAUUCUACAAGUGAAUUGAGCCAAUAUAGCCAGAUUUACCAUAAGGUGACACAGUGCGGUUGCCUAGGGCCCAGAGGUUACACAGUGGCCCCUGGAUAACGAAGAUAUUUGGCUAAGCACGUGCCCAAACUGGUAUCCUGCCUAAGGCCCUGUGUAUGACUCCCGACAUUCAUGACUUCAGCAGGACUGUCCCGAUUUUUCAGGGUUCUGUCUGGCUUUCCCGAACUAUGAUCAAGGCACUAGGACCCUGAAACAGUGCUUCCUGCAUUGUCCACCCUUGGCUGGCCUGCUUGAUUGGCAGGAAGCCUCGCAUACAUUCAGAGCAGGCUGACCGGCCAGGUCUCUUUGUGGACCCGCCAUUUUCUGCAAAUUGGGUCACUGGCGUGUUGCUUUUUACCCAGCUCACUAGAGUACCAUUUCAUGGGAUGCCAAUGCUGGGGGCUAUGCCUGUGGGAUCUUAAUUGAGACAUGGAUUCCUUGGAGUCUGUGUUUGCUGUAUACAACAGCUUUGAAACAUAACUUAGGAAAAGAUGCAAAGCCAGUGAACCACUCAUGGACAGCUGUUUCAUUGUUAAUGCAAAUCAUCAGCAUGAGGUUGGUUACUGGCGUGCUCCAAGGAAUCCAUGUUUAAAAUGGAAUGAGACAAAAAUGUGAUUCCUUGUUGAACUAAUUUGCAUAUGCUCACCCAGAAUCCUUUGCGGUAGAAACAUCACUGCAGAUUUGUGAUUUCUGUGGGAAAAGCAAGUCUUAUGGCUUGACUGGUGUGCAGAUCUUUGUUUAACAUUGUAUUGACUAUCCAUUGAUGUCAGGUGGAAGGGGUUCUCAAUCACAAAUUUUCCCCACCUUAACUUUUUAUUGCUUAGUACUUUCAGGUUCUCACAUUUUUUCUUUCCUCUUCCACAGGACUUAAUUCAGAGUAAAUUAAAAAAAAACAUCAAGAAUUUUAUUAAUAUAGAGGGUACAUCGAAACCAAAGGUUUAUACCUACGAGGGUGCUCUGCACAGGUGAGAGCAAAUGUGUGUGUGUGUGUGUGUAUAUAUGUAUGUGUGUGUAUAUAGGCAUGAUUAAAAAUCCUUUAAAUCUGAUUUUAAGGGCUAUUAACUUUAUUUAUUUAUUUAUUUUAAUCUAGGUUAUUAGAAGCCAAUUUCUCACUGACACCUGCUAGUGCCAAAUUGCUCUUGCAAAGGGGAACCACAUCCGUGCCAGGAGGUAUAUAUGCACAAAUUUGUGUGGGAUUACAUGCUCACCUCACCUGCUACGGCAUAUCAGGAAAAGUUAUCGGCAAUCACUCACUCACUAGUAGCCAUUAUUUAUUAUCAUCUUCAGAAGUGUCAGAUAUGACCAAUAUUGUAUACUUCAUACUAAUAAACAACAUAGGUCUUUGAAAAGAGCACAAGUCAUCAGCACUUGAUAAAAGCAAGUAAGUUGCCUUGUUAGUGCAGUAGGUAGCGUGUCAGUCACAUAAUCUGAAGGUUGUGAGUUCGAUCCUCACACAGGGCAUGUAUAUUUUUUUUACUGAGAGGGUAGUGGAUGCAUGGAAUAGCCUUCCAGCUGAAGUGGUAGAGGUUAACCCCUUAAGGACACUUUAUUGAUUCCCUUUUAUUCCAGAAGUUUGGUCCUUAAGGGGUUAAAGGACCACUAUAGGCACCCAGACCACUUCAGCUCAAUGAAGUGGUCUGGGUGCCAGGUCCAUCUAGGGUUAACCCUGCAGCUGUAAACAUAGCAGUUUCAGAGAAACUGCUAUGUUUACAUUUGGGUUAAUCCAGCCUCUAGUGGCUGUCUCACUGACAGCCGCUAGAGGCGCUUCACUGUGAUUUUCACAGUAAGAAGACGCUGCCGUCCAUAGCAUGCGCAUUCAGCAGAAGAGGGAGGAGAGUCCACAGCGCCGUGGGAGCCCGGCAAUGGAGAAAGGUAAGUGAUUAACCCCUUGAGCCCGGCGGGAGGGAGGCCAUAAGGGUGGGGGGAGGACCUAUUAACACUAUAAUGCCAUUAAAACUAGUUUGUUUUCUUGGCACCAUAGUGGUCAUUUAACAUAGUGAGGGAAUUUAGGCAUGCAUGGGGUAGGCAUAAGGAUAUCCUAGACUUAAGAUAAGGCCAGGAACUAAUUAAAAGUAUUUCGAAAUAUUGGGCAGACUAGAUGGGCCGAAUGGUUCUUAUCUGCCGUCACAUUCUAUGUUUCUAUGUAAGUAUGGCUUAUGAUAAUGAUGUGGAUGUGUGAAACUUUUCAAUUUUAAAUUGAAGCACACAUUGUUUUAUUUAAUUGUAGGUUUUACCUUAUUGUUUGUGGUUUUUCAAGGCCAAGAUUUUGGUUUAUACAGAUUAAGAUUAUCUCUUUUGCCCACUGAAACCAUUGUGUACAUCUAGUGAACUAAGAAAAAAAAAAAGGAAAAGUUCAUCUAAAACUAAAGACAGAAAUUGAUGUACGAUUUUGAAAGUAGAAUAUGAGCCAAAAGGGUAAUCCAGGCCUGUUGCCCAUGGAUGUAAUACAGAAUAUAAUAUCAAUUCCAUUUCUUAUAGAUGACAGUCUUAGGCUAAGAGUGCUGGGUUAGCCCACUCGCAGUAUUCAUGGCCAAUUAGCACUAUCCAAACUGGGCAGAUUUGGUUGGCUAUGAGGAAGAGUAAAUUCCUCAUUGUAAUGCAACUGGAGAGGAGACAGGCUAUGAGUGCUGAAAAUAGUCAGUUUUAUAAAAAGAAAUAUAGGACAUCAAUCAUAGCCUCUUGCCACCAUAGAAACAUAGAAUGUGAUGGCAGAUAAGAACCAUCUAGUCUGCCCAAUUUUCUAAAUACUUUCAUUAGUCCCUGGCCUUAUCGUAUAGUUAGGAUAGCCUUGUGCCUAUCCCACACAUGCUUAAACUCCUUUACUGUGUUAACCUCUACCACUUCAACUGGAAGGCUAUUCCAUGCAUCUACUACCCUCUCAGUAAAGUAAUACUUCCUGAUAUUAUUUUUAAACCUCUGUCCCUCUAAUUUAAGACUCUGUCCUCUUGUUGUGGUAGUUUUUCUUCUUUUAAAUAUAGUCUCCUCCUUUACUGUGUUGAUUCCCUUUAUGUAUUUAAAUGUUUCUUUCAUAUCCCCCCUGUCUCGUCUUUCCUCCAAGCUAUACAUGUUAAGAUCCUUUAACCUUUCCAUAACCAGUACACACAAUAGGUAGUGGUUAUGGUGCUUACUGUCAGUUUUCGUGAUUUUUGUCCAGUCCAAUGCCUCUCAUAAGGACGUGUUGGGGAUAUACUGUGCAUGUCUGACAUUUCAUGCUCCACCAAUGGAUCAGUUUCUUCUGUAUGAGAAGAAUCCAUGGCAUUGAAUAUCAUCAUGCAAUGUGUAAUGAUGCUGAGUGUGGAAACCUGUGAAAAUCCAAGGUCUUAUACAGAAAGUGAUUCCAGUGGUUGUUUCUCUGAAAGCCAUAAUAGGAUUGUUUUAGGCAAAAUGUAAGCAUUGGUUUCUCAGAGAAGGCAAUAUUUGACAUUGUCACACAAAAGGGACCAGAACCAGUACAUUAAGAUGUAGUAGUAUUGGUACUUUGACUUUGUUCCCAUUUUAAAAACGUUAUAUGUUGAGAUCAACACCACCACAGCAGAUUUCAAAGCAAUUGAGCUGUCUAGAUCUAAUCUUUAGAAAGCAUGUAUAGUAAUUAGAUGGAUAUUUUUUUGUUAAUUGGAUUUAAAUAAACAUUUACUUGACCAUAUGUGUCUUCUCUUGUCUGUUGCAGGAGUGAUCUUCAAUCGCGACAUCAGAGUUAAUGCG